UACAAAAGAAAUGAAUAUAUUAUAGACUCAGGUGUUAUAACUUAUGAGCAAUUAGUUGCUUUUUUGGAUAUAUAUACCUUCAGUAACAAAUGUGGGAUAAGAAAUUUGCUGUUUAAAUUCUUAUAGUUUUUAAAAUCUUUUUUUUUUAUUAUUCCUUUAUUCUUAUUCCUAUAAAUUAGUCAUAAAAUGGCUUAAAAUAUAGUAAGAGGGGUAUUUUAAACUUAGUAGAUUGAGAUGGUUGGUUUUUUCCGGUAUAUUGAAAGUCAGUGCUUUCCUGUGGUUCCAGUGUGCAGCUAAGGUUGGGAAGUACUCUCCUAGUAAAUUUCACCUGGACAAAUAAACAGAGGAGAUUAGGUAAGACGUUUUUAAAAGGUUAAGUAAUGAGGAUAGCCUGGAUUAGUCCUACCAGAUGCAUAGUAAUCACACAAGAAUUAGAAAACAGGAUAAUGGAUUAGACCAAACAGCCCAGAAGCAGAUGUUAGAAUAUAUAAAAGUUCACUAUAAAGAGGGUGUUGUAAAUCAGUAGCUUAGAUUAAUACCGUUGCCACUUUUUGACUACUUGCUGAACAUUUUAUAUGCAUUAUCAUUUAAUCCUCUUCCUGACAAAGCUGUUGCUAUUAUUAUUCCCAUUUACAAGUGAGGAAACCUGAGGUCACUUAGUAUUUGGCCAUUCUAAAGCAGUUGGCUAGCUCUUUUAGAAUGCAAAUGUUCAAAAAGAAAAAAGGAAUUUUUACCUAUGUCAGAAUAAAUUUCAGGUGGAUAACAGAAUUAAACAUAAGGUUCAUAUCAUAAACAUAGAUAAUAAAUACAGGUAUCCCCCACUUUUUGAACUUUAUGAAAGACCUACAUUAGUACUUCUGUUCACUGGCUGAAAGAAACCCAAGGUGGAUUUUUAUUUUUACAAAAAAAGGUGAAACAAGUGAAAAUAGUGUUUGUUUUGUGGCACCUGGCUGGCUCAGUCAGUAGAGCAUGCAUCUCUCUCUCUCUCUCUCUCUUUUUUUUAACUAGGCUCCAUACCCAACGUGGGGCUUAAAUUCAUGAACCCAGGAUCAAGAGUUGCAUGCUCUACCGACUGAGCCAGCCAGGCACCCCAAGCAUGCAACCGUUGAUCUCCAGGUUGUGAGGUUGAGCCCCACAUUGGGUGUAAAGAUUCCUUAAAAAUUAAAAUAAAUAAAUAAAUAAAUAAAUAAAUAAAUAAAUAAAUAGGGGCACCUGGGUGGCUGAGUUGGUUAAGUGGCUUGGGCCGUGAUCUCACAGUUUGUGGGUUCAAGCCCUGCAUUGGGCUCUCUGCUGUCAUUGCAGAGCCCACUUUGUAUCCUCUGUUCCCCUUUUUCUCUAUACCUCCCCCCUCUCAAAAAUAAACAUUUAGAAUAGAGAAAGAGAAAGAAGAGAAAAAAGAGAAAAGAAAUGAGAAAAGAAAGAAAAUAGUAUUUGUUUUGCAGUGAGCCAUCAUAGAGUUAGUACAUACCCCGAGCAGUGACAGUGGCACCACCAAGCUCCUCUCCUGGAGUUCAGCAUCUCUGCAUCAAGCCACAUAGUUUUGAACUGUGUCUUAGAUAAUGCAUCUGUGUUUUAUCUUGAUUUAUUUUUGUGUAUACAUUAGCAAGAUUUGUCCUAAGGUAUCAGAAAAGCCUAAAAGUGGGGGAUUUUUUUGGUCUGGGAACACCCAAAAAUGUUUCCAUAUAAAUUAAUGGGAAUUGCUUUUUUGCUUUUAGCCUUUUCGGUUUACAAAAGGUUUCCUGGGAAGGCUCUACUUUCUAAUAGUAGAUGAAACCUGUAGGUGCACCUGAUAUCUGGAUAAGGAGAGCUUAGGAGUAAUGGAAGACAGAUCACAAAGGGAAAUGUCUAAGUUUAACUAAGAAAUAAAACUGCCUCUGUGUCAACCACCAUAAAAUACAGUUUAAUAUACUAGGAAAAGCAAAGAAAUAAAUGGGUUAAUAGCCUUUAUGUGUGAAACACUCAUACAAAUUAAUAAUUCCUAAAUAUACAAGCUUAGAAAUACAGGUGGUUAAUAAACACUUUAGAAAGUGGUUGGCUUCACUAGGUAGCUGUGAAAUAAAACACUGAAUUAAAUUAAAAGUAAAAGAUGGGAUUUGAAGAGGGCAUUUGUUGGGAUGAGCACUGGGUGUUGUAUGUAAGCAAUAAAUCAUGGGAAUCUACCCCCAAAACCAAGAGCACACUGUACACACUGUAUGUUAGACAACUUGACAAUAAAUUAUACUAAAAAAAAAGUAGUAUAUUAUUUUUUGUCUCAGGACCUUUGCCCGUAGUAUUAGGUCCUUUGCAUGGCUGACCUCCCUAUCCUUUAAGACUCAGUGUGUUGCACCAUCUCAGUGAACCCUUUUUGAAUUACUUAGUAAAUGAGUUUUUCCCUGUAUCUUGACACCCUGCUGAUUUCCUUCAUUGCACUUCACCUUUCAGAAUCGUUUACUGCCUUUCUCCUUCAGUAGACUGUGCUCUGAGAGGAGAAUAAGAAUGCCAUCUAAAAAGUGUUCAAUAAAUGUUAAAUAAAAAAGUAAAUGAAAGUAAUAGAGUGACAUGCCAUUUUUGGUAUCUAGUUUGCUGACAUUUUUGAGGAAAAAUAUGUGAGACAAGAUUAGGUAUGUACAGUCAUUGUGCUGCUUGGUAAAUUGGUGUUACCUCUCAGAAGGGAAAUUUUGUAAAAGGUAACAGCCUUAAAUAUUCAUGCCUUUUGACCAAGUAAUUUUAUUUCUUGGAAACUGUUCUAAAGAAAUCAUCUCUGCCAGAGGAUGGGGAAGCUUUCUUCCUAACUCUUCGUAUAGUCAGUGGUAUUCCUUCCUAAGAAAAGUAGAUAAAAAUUUAAUUAGGCCAUGUCUUAGAGUUGUCUUCUCCUUUUUCUGUGCCCCUCAUUGAGUAAGUUAUGCAAAGGACUCCUUCCUUGACUGGCUGAGUAAUCUUACAUUCUAUAUUCUCACAAAAGUCUUUAAGAGUUCUUACUGCUUGAGGCACCUCACUGUGCUCUUGGUAAAUUUGAAUUUGGGCUUUGGGGGAAGGCAGAGGCCCUGUUUAGGCCCUGAGUGAAAGGGUAGUACCCUAAUCCAGUUUACCAAAGAACCUUGCUUUGGGGUAUCUAGCAGUAAUCCAGCUAAAAGUGGUACUUUGAUUUUGCUUUUGGUGACUUCCCCCUAUUCUCCCAUCCCUCUAUGUGCUGUCCCUGCUGGACACCCAACUAUUUGUGUUAUGUGUGUGUGCUUGCGCGCACAGGGCAUUUGUGUAUUCCUGGGUUUUUUAGCUCAGUGCUUCCCUUCUUCAUGUCCUUCUUCAUGUCCAUACAGAAAUAUUUUAGGACCAACAGGGAUAAUGGAGAGGUCUUUAUGCUCAUUGUUGUUCAAAUAUAGGUCACAAUCCAUUAGUGGGCUUGCAACUAUCAUUAAAAUAAAUGAAGAUAACAGAAUACAUUAUUUAUAGUUGGAAGAAUUAUGAGUAUGUAUUUGUAAUCCUGCAGUAUGAAAUGUAUUUUUUAUGUGGGUCACUGUCAAACUUUGAAAGCUAUUUGUUCUAGCCAAAUAUCAAUUAAUGAUGCCCAAACAUCUCUUUUGUUUCUUCAUUCUUAAAUGGGGCAAGAUUUAUGAACAGAGAUUCAGGCUUAAAAUUGUAAAAUUUGAAGAAUGAUCCAUUCAGGAGACUGGCUAAAUAAAGCAUGAUGACUUGUCCUUUCAGGUUAUUUUUUCUCAAGUUGGUAUUCUUUUCUUUCUUUUUUUUAGGGUUUGCAGUGAAGGUCCAAAGGUUAGCAAUAGCUUUCUUAAUUCUUGUAGAAUCAAUGGAGCCUUAAGGAAUAAUUAGUGUACCAUAAUAUACUGGUAACAGCACAGAGGAAUCACAUUGGAGCCCCAGUUCUGUGACAGCCUUGGACAGCGUUCUUAACUCCUUUAUAUCUGUUUACCCAUCUAUAAAAUGGAGCUAAUAGUGCAUUUCUAUUGUAAGGUUGCCCUGAGUAGGAUAUACAGUAAUGCAUGCAAUGCUCAGCUGGGUGCUUGGACUCCCAAUGAGUAGAAUAACUUCCAGGCUGUUUUGCCUUGGACAUUAUUGAAUGUCUGUCUUUGUGCCUUAGUUUCUCCUUCAGCUCACAUUUCAGCAAAUAUUAUUAGAUGCUUCUUUGGAAGAUGUAAAAACUUGUUUAAUUACUUCACAGGAAUUUGAGACCAUUAAAGUCAGAAAAUAAUGAAUGUAAAAAGUAUUGCACAAAUUUGGAUGGUAUUAAUUCCAGUAGUAGCAAUAAUAGGAAACCUGUUUGCACUGCAUUUGAGCUGAUUAAUAUCUGUAUGUCCAAAGAAGUAAAAUCUGCCGUUGAUUUAGAUGGAAAUAAAUAGAUACUUUCAGUUCUCUAAAAGCACCAAUCUCUUCUGCCUUAGGACCUUCAGUUACUUCUUUUGCUUGAAAUAUACUUCUCUGUCUCCACGCCUCAUGUCUGUGUAUCUAGUUCCUCCUUAUCAGCUGAAAGAAUACCACUUUAGAAAGGCCUUCCCUGACCAUCUAGUCUGAGUAGCUUCUUAGUUCUUUUUUUCAAAAAUCACUUUAAGGGGUGCCUGGGUGGCUCAGCCCGUUAAGCAUCCGACUUCAGCUCAGGUCAUGAUCUCAUGGUUGGUGAGUUCGAGCCCUGCAUUGGGCUCUCUGCUGACAGCAUGGAGACUGGAGCCUACUUUGUCUCCCUCUCUCUUUUACCCUUCCCUGCUCACGCUGUCUUUGUCUCUCUCAAAAAUAAACAUUUUUUAAAAAAUCACUUUAAAAAAUCAGUACAUUAAUUUACAACUUGGUUCUCGAUUUUGUUUUCUGUUUCCCUUCUCACCAGCUAGGAUAUAAGCCUUGAGCAAGGACAUUGCAUGUGUUGUAUAUUAUUUUUUCUCCUGCACCUAGAUUAGUGAUUAACAAAAUAAAUACUUGUUGAAUGUUUAAAGAUAGUGUAAAGUAUGAAAAUUAUCUAUAAUUGUACUUCUUAGAGAUAAGUAACCAUUGUUGACAUUAUAUAGUUUUCUAGUUUUAUUUUCUAUGUGUGUGCUUACAUAUUUAUAAGUGCCUAUGAUUAUAUGUUAAACCAUAUUUCACUGUGUGUAAAGAUGAACAUGUUUUACUGAUGUCUCAAUUUGGGGUGUCAUAUAAUCAGGGGCAUGCCAUGAUGUAAUUGUCAGCAUUUUUCAUUUUCAGUGGCACAUAAAAUGAGGAUGUGUCUUAUAGUAUCUUAGAUUUGAUGAAACACAGUAUAUAUUUGAAACAAAUGAGAUUAUGACAUUCAACUCUUUCCCCACCUAAAUAUCUUGAGCAUUUUCCCAUAUCACUAUGUUUAGACCUAUCUCAUUAUUAACAUAUACUUAGCAUAUUAUUAUGAGUGUAUCAUAAAUUGUUCAGCCAGUUUCUCUUGUGGACACAUUUGGAGCUUCUCCAACUUUUUUGUGUGUGUUACAAACAGUGCUAUGUUGGAUAUACUUGCACAUAUGUUUAUGCACUCGACUGGAAUUUCUUUUGAUAAAAUACUUAGAUCAGUGAGUAUACGUAUUUUCUGUAGUGUACAAGAGUGCCUGUUUCCCUGUAUCCUCAGUAGUACUUCAUCUUAGGAAAUUUAAAAAAUUUGUGUUAAUCGGAUUAGUAAAAAAUAUCCUAAUGUUGUAUAUCAUUGAAUUAUGAAUGAGAUUGAGACUCUUUUAGUGUUAAUGAGGUGUUUUUAUUUCCUCUCCUGUGACGCACUGUGCAUAGAACAGUAAACCUUUAAUUGGUUGGCACAUUUGCUGCAAUUAGAAAAAGAAGUCAUCACAGUUUGGAGCCAUGCAUUAUCAUAUAAAUUCUUUGGAACAACUUUAAGGGUAGAGCCUACCCUUGUGGAGGGCAAGAGAGCUUUAUAAGGACCCAAGAUUGGAGGAGAGACAAAUUCAGGAAUAAUCAGAAUCUUUGUAAUGGAGACCAAAAAGGGGUACAGUGUCAUCAAUUUAUGAACUGAAUACUGGAAUUUAGACUGUGUUCUUAAUCUUUAAACUUUAAAUGCUCCUCUUUAAUAUGACUUGGUUGUGGUAGUAUUAGGUUAGUAAGUUUGAAAUAGGGCACAACUCAAGGACUUGAAUGAAGUCAAUAUUGGAUCUAGAGAUUAAAUCUAUGGUCAUUUAAGAUUAGAUUAAUAUGAAAUGCCAAAAUGUUCUUGUCAACAUUUUUGAGCACCUUUGCUGUGCUGGAGGGUGUCAUUUUCGGAGAUAAAGAUCAGAUAGCCUCUGUCUUUUAGGUUCCAUUACAGCCUUGAAGGAGACAGAUUUCAUCCUUUGGUAAGAAUGAAACCAAAAGGUACAUGGAAUGUAAAGAGCAUAGAGGAAUGUAUUUAGUCUAAUAGAGUUUAAGGGAGACUUCUGAAUUAGAUAUAACCUAAACUGAGUCUUGAAGGAUCAGUAAGAGUUAGGUGUGAGUAGUAAGUAUUAAAGGAUAUACGACAGCAUAAGAGAAGGUACAUGUGAUGAAAUGGACUGUAAAUAGUAGGAUAUUAGAACAAGUUUGAGGUGAAGAGUGACUUCUGAUGAGUCUAAGAGGGUAAGCAAGAACUAGAUAAUGAACAGCCUUGUAUGCCAUGCUAAAAAUUCUGCAUUUUAUAGAUCAAAGGGAGUUCUUUUGAAUAAUGACAUGGUGAGAUUUGCAUUUGAGAAAUCACUGCCUGAAGAUUGAUUUAUGGGGCAAGACCAAAGGCAAGGAGACACGUCAGGAGACAGUCUGGUAAUCCAGAUGAGAGGAAUAAGGCCUUAGCUCAAUGGCUACUAGCAGAAGAUGGUGGAUCGCUUGGCAAACAGCGAAGCAAAUACUAGACGUAUAAAUAUAGUAGAAAACUGUUUUGGAGCAGCUGGUCAACCCUUAACUAUACCAGGAAGGGUUCUUAUUGGAGAAGGAGUAUUGACUAAGUUGUGCAGAAAAAAGCCCAAAGCAAGGCAGUUUUUCUUAUUUAAUGAUAUUCUUGUAUAUGGCAAUAUUGUCAUCCAGAAGAAAAAAUAUAACAAACAACAUAUUAUUCCCCUGGAAAAUGUCACUAUUGAUUCCAUCAAAGAUGAGGGAGACUUAAGGAAUGGAUGGCUUAUCAAGACACCAACUAAAUCAUUUGCAGUUUAUGCUGCCACUGCCACUGAGAAAUCAGAAUGGAUGAAUCACAUAAAUAAAUGUGUUACUGACUUACUCUCCAAAAGUGGGAAGACACCCAGUAAUGAACAUGCGGCUGUCUGGGUUCCUGACUCUGAGGCAACUGUAUGUAUGCGUUGUCAGAAAGCAAAAUUCACACCUGUUAAUCGUCGUCACCAUUGCCGCAAAUGUGGUUUUGUUGUCUGUGGGCCCUGCUCUGAAAAGAGAUUUCUUCUUCCAAGCCAGUCCUCUAAGCCUGUGCGGAUUUGUGACUUCUGCUAUGACCUGCUUUCCACCGGGGACAUGGCCACGUGCCAGCCUACUAGAUCAGACUCUUACAGUCAAUCAUUGAAGUCUCCUUUAAAUGAUGUAUCUGAUGAUGAUGAUGAUGAUGAUAGUAGUGACUAAGGACAUAUUUUGAAAUAUUUAAUUGGGUGUGACUACCUGAGAAAUCAGCUCUGGGGGAACAUAGAAUUCUGAGCUUUCUCUCAGUUUUGCUCUAGCCGUGAAUUUGCCUGAGAAUCUUUUAACCCAUGUGCCUCGAUAUAUUCUAUAGACAAUACGUCCUGUCAUUUUGUCCCCCCACCCCCACCCAACUCCCCGCUCUUCUACAGGGAUAGACUUUUGCAAAUCUACCAGAUAAAUUUUUGGUUUCUUAUUCUUGUUUAAUUUUAGAUUAUUUUGUUGGAAGGUUGAGAAAAGAUUUUUUUUAACAGAUCAUGUAUUACAUUGAUGUUUAGUAUAUGUUCUGUUAUAUGGAAAUACUAAAAGCAAAAAAUGAUGGAAAAAGUUGUAUAACGCAGUUAGCUAAUAUUAUUAGCUUUUUUCCUAACCAUUCUAUGUAAUGGUUAAGACACCAGUAACAAAAAAACGUGAUUUGAAAAUACUUUGUUCGGCUUUUUCAUAUACCAAGUGGUGCCUUAUCAUAAUAGCACUGUUACAUGAAAUAAGCCCCUACCUUCUCACUUUUAGUUUGUUUUGAAAAUACACUGGUGCUCUUUGAGGUGAUAAAAUGAGCGUUUAUGAAUGGGUAUACUUAGAAAAUACUUCUCAUCUGCAAGCUACAAAUAACUAAAUUUAGAGCUUCUUCAUUUUAUAUGAAUAUUUUUCCAUAAAAUAGUUGUGAUUAUAUUUUUAUGUUUUAUAGGUACCAAAUUGUCAAAUAUAUAUUUUAAAUUAAUAGGUUGUCAUUCUUAGGGAUUUGAUUUGAAAUUUAUCAAAUACAGAAUUGUCACACUGCAUUAGUUUUUACUUUUAGUAAAGCAUAUUUGUAGGUAUAAAUUCAUCUGCUUUAACAUUAUUUCUAGAAUGAAAAAUCUUACAAAACUUUUGAAAUUAAACAAUCUCUUUAAAAAAAAAAAAAUCCCACGAUAGAGCAUAGAUCUACUUGGGCUGAAGACUUGGAAGAAAUAAUGUGUAAGAAUGAUGAAGACGGACCAGUUAAGUUUGACUAGACUUAUAUUGGUGGAAGUAUUGUCUAUUUCAGUGUGAAACUAUCUUGAAUUUGCAAAUAUAGUGUUAUAUUUUAUAAAGUUUUGUAAAGUCCCAAAUGAUACUUCUAUUUUUGUAAAACAAUUAUAUGUUAAUCUGUUUCUGAAAUCAUUUUGCAAUCUAUAGAAAUAGAGUAGCAAUUGAUCUUUCUAAAUUGUAAACUUUAUUGAGUCAGCCUAGAUUGCUUUUGAGAAUUAGUAAUUUUUCACUUUUUGCUUUUGAGGCAGCCAUUUAGGUUGAAAGUAUAUUUAUCAUAUAAAACUUGAUGCAUUUUGCACUAUUCUCUCCAUUUGUAUGCUGCAAAUAACUACAGUCUUUCAAAUAUGAAAAAAUCAGCCUAAAGUUUAUUUUAAAUUCCAAACUUCUGUGUUUUUAAAUAUUUAAAUCUGGAUAUAUUGCAGAUGUCAUGACUGUUUGAUUCAGUAAUAUGACAGAGAAUUUUUGGGUUUGGUUAAGGCACUAACUUUACUGUUAGAUUGUGAAAGCAUCUGAGAUACAUAGAUUUCCCUGUAGGAAAUGUGAAACAAAGCCACAACAGGUUUUUUUGUUUGUUUUAAUAUCAUAUGGACAUUUGUUUCCAAGCAAUAUAUACAGUAUAAUUGCAGUAUAAUUAAUCAACAUAUCUCAAAAAGACCAUGAAGCCUGAGAAGUGCUAAUGGAGACUUUCUGGUACAUAGCAACCCAGCAAAUUCAAGAACCAAGGGGAAAUCUGGGAUGACAUUUGCAUUGUCAACCUCUGUUGACUGUUCUUACAAUAAAAAAUAUUUUACAACUUAACUCUCUGUUUCUUGCAUACUGUGACUUGAAGAUUUUUCUCCCUUUCUAAGGUAAUGAAGAUAUUCUGCAUAUUUUACCUCUUUCAGUAGCUGUGGGGUACCUUUUAUGUGCCAGGCAUUGUUCUAAGCACUAGGGACAGAGCAGUAAACAGAAUUUCCCUCCUUUUAAUAGAGUUUACAUGCAAAAUGGAAUCCAAGAUGUAUUUUCUUCCAGAAUUUGUUCUGUAAUGUUUAAAGCUUCUGUAAAUCUUUGGUGCCUAUUUCUCAUGCCAUUCCUCUUGAAUAAAAUUUACUUGGACUGUACCUGCAGUACAUUAACCAAAUUGGUAACUUUUGAUGUAAAGGAA